AUGGCCACUGCGAUUCUCUCUUCUCGGAACACUUUAAACCAUCGAUUCGAUCACGAACCCUUAAUCCACCGUAACUCUAAUCCUCGCCGUCACUCGAACGCUGCUCCUCGCCGACUCAAGCGUUCCCCCACGGCCACUCAGUCUAAGACGCUAGUUGCAUCCCCGGCGGCUAACACCAAUCUCGUCAUGGGUCAAGUCAAGAUCCUCAAACGCGGCGAGACACUCAGCUCGUUUCUUAACAGCUGCGCCUAUGAAGACGAUAAAAAACGACAUCGUUUGAAGAUAACUGACGUAGCGUCGACUAUGAAGAAGCAGAUCAGAGCUUUCAAAAAAUCGGAGAUCGUCUCCGCAGAUUACGCAGGCUCUUGUAACUCAGUUUCUCCGCCUCCAACCUCUCUUCCUAUUCCAUGUUUCUUGGAGAAUAAGAAGAACUAA